AUGACACCCUUUAAGCUUACAGUGAGAAAAACGUUGAGACCAUGUUUGAAGCAUUUUAACAUGAGUAUUCCCAAAAUCGGAUAUAACUACAGAUCUCCUUUGGUUCUGUCUGGUUCUGUGGUACUUUCAACAAGAUUGUAUUCGUCACAAAAUAUUCGACAUUUAUUCACCCAACUGCAAGGUUCCAAGCAGCAUGAUUCCUCUGAGUUUAUGAAUGCAAACAUGGAUGAAGGAUUGGAAGAAAAUGCAGAUGCUGCUCCUAAAAAAUGGUCGAAACACAACAUGCCAGAUAAGGAAGUGUUGGCGAAACAGGCGGAUGAGUCUAAAAGGCAACAAGAAGAACAAAAUCAAAGAAUUGCUGAAGCUUCUGGGAAGAGUGCAAGAGAUGGUAGAAGGAGGCUUAAGAGGCAUCACAGAAGAAGAAAAUUGAGACCAUUGAAAGCUGUUCUGACGUUAACACCUAACGCUAUUCUGCAUUUGAAAAGAUUAAUGAAUCUCCCAGAGCCUAAAAUGAUACGGGUGUCUGUGAAAAACAGAGGUUGUUCUGGUUUGACAUAUCACCUCGAAUAUGUAAGUGGCCCUGAAAAGUUUGAUGAGGAAGUGAAUCAAGAUGGUGUGAAGAUCCUUGUGGACUCCAAAGCGUUGUUUUCUGUGAUUGGAUCGCAGAUGGACUGGGUUGAUAAUAAGUUGGAGUCCAAGUUUGUGUUCAAGAAUCCUAACAGCAAGGGAUCAUGUGGAUGCGGUGAGUCAUUCAUGGUCUGA